GGUAUUACAAACAAUUUGUUUAUAUAUCAAUUAGAUUCGUAGUAAUAAAUUUAUUGAAGCUGUUAGUUAAAUAUAAUGGGUGGAUGUCACUGCUGUUUUCGAAAUUGUAGUGUGUCUACUAAACGAGUUCCCGCAAUGCAUUUCUUUCGCUUUCCCAUAAAGGACAGGCUACGGCUUAAUAAAUGGCAGGUGAUGACAACUCAAGAUAUUUCAGCGCUAACUGAAGCACAAUUGAAGAAUAAAGUUGUUUGUGCACGACAUUUUCGAGAUGAGUGUUUUAUGAAUUAUAAGAGAGAAAGUUUAACUAAACUUGCUAUACCCACGUUGUUUAGAUUGCCAGGCAAUCAAGCACUAGAUUUUGAGUGUGAAGAUGAGAAUGGCAAACCAGCAUUAGUCACGUUAGAGCCCACAAAAUUACAACAUUUAAUACCUCCGAAGGAAUAUGUAUUACCAUUUGCUCUUGAAGAUGACCAAAUUUCUCUUGAAAUGUAUAACAAACCCGAACAAAAUGACAUAGAGCCAGAUAAUACCAUAAUACUGGAGGAAAACAUAGAUUUCAUCGCACAGGAUACAAACGCAGUAUCAGUGGUGGAUAAUACUACGGAAUUUAAAAAAACUAACAACGAAAUUAAAAGUCCAACAACAUCGAAUAAGAGAAAAGUUACAAUAUUGAAUAAAGAUGUGAUUAUAGCAGAAUGUAAUAAAAAAUUUAAACCAAUGGAUACGUCUAUGCCCCCAGAAAAUGAAACUGAGUUCGAAAUUCGAAUAUUGGACGAUUCGAUUUUACAUGAUGAAUCUGAAAAGUCUGUUACAAACUCUCCAGAAAGUCAAGAGUAUAAUAUUACUGUGGUUGAUUAUGAAAAUCCUAACGAUGAAUUACUGACUAAACUAAAAGAAUUGGAGCAAGAUCUGCAAAAAAUUACUGAGGAUAAUAUAAAGUUAAGCGAAGAAAACAAAACCCUAAAUGAAGAGAAAACAAAUUUAAUUAAAGAAAAAAAUUUUUUAGUUCAAAACAAGAAACUUUUGUCAGAUAUUAAUAAGAAUUUUGAAAAUUUAAAUAAUGACUUAACCACUAAGUGCAGUGAUAUGGAAAAAAAAUAUGAAAAGUUAAAUAUGAGCUACAUACUUCUUCAGGAAGAGCACGCAAACGUACAGAGAAAUCAGCAGCAAACUUCUAAGGUAAGUUCAACAAAAGAAACUACAAAUGAUAAGUUGCAAGCGUCCAUUCCCACAUCAUUAUCGAAAGCACAACUUUUCAAUGGUAUCAAAAAGUAUUUGUCAACUUCUAUGCUAGCCUUACUACGUAUGGAAAUGUUCGGCAGCUCUGAACGUGAAUGGAAACCUGACGAACAACGUACAUCAGUGGAUUUGUUACGUUUAGGCGAAAAAGUUUUUACUUAUUUCAGAGACGAGUGGCGUUUCCGCUUGCCACCACUACGUCAAGUACGUGAAUGGUUAGAUAACCACGUAGGAACCGAUGAAGAUGAAGAAGACUUAUAGGAAUUAGCUUCAAAAACUAUAAAACUAAAAGAUU